AUGUCUGAGGCCACGACCCUAGGAAGAUAGGGCAACUUGACAGGAAGUGCCAGAAAAUUAAGGGACAACGCCGCAGAUUGGCAGAAUGUAGAAGGAUCCACGAUUGCCACUAAAAUUGUUAAUCUCGGACUGAAUAAAAAAUCAAUCAUUGACUCCAAUAUUGUGAUGGUAGGUGACGGUUCACAGUCUGGGAGUCUCUCAGAGAUCAGUCUGAAACAGAGCAACCAAGAGCUUGAGGAAGAAAGCAAUACAUUGCAGGAUAUUGUGGACAAAAUGGCAAGUAUACUGUUCAAGAUGGAGAAGAUAAUACUUUCUGAGCGUGGGAUCUGUGCACUUGAAGCAUUCCACUAUGGAGAGAAAGAGAAACCAGCGCCACUGUUUCACACUUGGUCCACACAACAGUUUGGAAAGAGAAAGAAAUGCUCACCAAUGUUAAAGGUAGGGCUGCAACUAACGAUUAUUUUGAUAAUUGAUUAUUUUAAUGAUUAUUAGAAUGAUUAUUUGACUAUCCUGUGAUUAUUGCAUCGAUUAAUCAUUAGCUCUUAACCGAACUCACUUCCAGCACCUGUACAAUCAGCACUGGUGCCCCCCAGGGAUGAGAGCUCUCCCAAUACUUUUCUCCCUCUACACCAAUGACUGCAUCGCCAAGGACCCCU